UGUGACGCUGUGUCUGGCGGUCUCGUCCUUCCCAAAGGCCAGUGUCUACCCACUGCUUCAGUGCCUUCAGUUGUUGUCAAGGCCAGAUUCUCAGCGGUUCUUCAUUCCCGAGUACAAGACACGCGUAGAGCUGCUGUGUAGUUCACUCCGUGCUCUCUUUUGACGAUUCAGAGUAUGGUGCUGACCAAGGCUCAAAUAACGGCCUUGGCAGCAACAUGCUCGUUGUACAGCUUCAGCCAGGCGGGGGCCUUUGUGCAACAUAGCCACACAGGGUCCUUCCGAGCUAACCCUUCACCCUCGGCCGGCGGUUUCAGCCCCCUGGGAGCGAGAGCGAGGGCUAGACAGGGCGUGAUCUCCUCUACCGUUGUUGCAACAUCAUGUUUCUCGCCCUCACGGUGGUUCCCCCGCACAACAAUGCGUCAACAGCAACAGCACCCCCGCCACCAGCGGCGACGCUCGAGGACCUCGCACGUUCGACUCGGGGCCCUUCCUGAGGGCUCUGAUGGCGAGAUAACUACCGCUAACAAAGGGAUAGAAUCGGGACGGACCGAAGCGGAGCGAUCUGCUGAUGAUGCCGGCAGUGGACGUCGUCAACGAGCGGCGGGAUCAGCUGCAGGCGGGGGCGGCGGCGGCGUCGCUGGGAAGGGCGCGGGGGGGUUGGACGGGCAGUUUAUCAGCAAGCUAGCCAAGAGGUUGACCGACAGCUUUCCUCUGCUCACCACAGAGGAAAUCAAGAAGGAGGUCCGGGCGCUACUCAACCCAGAGACAAAGGGAGACACGCCCUCCAAGGCGACCGGCGCCCGCGACGACACCCUCGCUGUUCUUGCGAAGGAAGUGCGAGAGCUGGUGGAAGACCUCAUGGACCAGGUCGGCGUCGGCUCCGGCGCGGACGAGAAAGCGGGGCUGGUCGAGCUCAAGGACGUUGCUCAAAAAUUCAAGGGGGUGCUAAGGGGCGACCCCGCGGCGGUGCAAGAACUCCGUCGGCAAGUGCUGGACGACCUGGAGGAGGUCCGGGAAGAGAUCGAAGAGCUCCUGGAGGUUAAGGAGCUGUCGAAGGCAAGAGCCAAGCUGGAGAAGGCGACGGCGGAAUCUACGGAGAUGGUGCUCGACUCGGCGGCCGCCGCGCUGGCGAAGGGGAUCGACAAGGUCGUCAACGAGGGGAGGGACGCCAUUCCGGAGGGAGAGGAGACGGAGAAGUUCCAGGUGUCCACUUACUUCUUCGGGAAGGAGAACGAACUCUGGAACGACAUGCGGGCCAAUGGGGUUACCCGCGAGAGGUUCGUCCUCUAUUCCCUUCUCGGAGGCGCCGUCGCGCUCGGGGGAAAUCUCUUCGGGGUGACCUCGGCGCUGUUAGGCAGCGUGGCUCCCGAGGCUUCGAGGGACUUGCGGGUGGACCUGCUGUUUCCCAUCGGAGGGUUCAAGAGGUUUUACUCUCCCGAGGAUGGAUACGAGUUCAUAUACCCGGACACGUGGGUGGGCGACUCGGGCUUGGCGCUGCGGCGACAACGCGACCUGGAGGACUUGCGGGCCUCCCCCGCCGCGGUCGCGAGAGCCCGCCAGAGGAGGUCGAGCUCGGCACCCGAGGUCGCCUUCGGCCCCCAAGGAGGAGACGGCACUGAAAACGUCUCGGUGGUGAAGAGCGAGCUCAUGCCCGGAUUUUCUCUUAGACGAACGCUCGGAGACCCCAAGGAAGCCGCCGAGAAAAUUCUCUCGACCGUGAUUGCUCCGCCUGACUCGGGGAGAGAGUGGGAGCUGUUCGAAGCUUUCGAAGACAACAGGGAGCCGGGGGGGCUCGUGUAUCAGUUCGAGUAUCGCAUUCAGGGGCAACGAAUCCGGAAGCCGAUGCGCAACGUCGGGGUGGUGGCCGCUAGAGGGUCCACCCUCUUCACCGUCACCGUGCUCGCGCCGGAGGAGAGCUGGGGUGGGAAGGGCGGGCGGGGGGAGAAGUUCAGGCAGAUGGCCAACAGCUUCCGGCUAGCGUUUUAGGGGUUCUGCCACCGAACUUGGAGAACGCGGUUUAGGUUGGGUCUGAUUUUUGGCUUUUGGAACCGACCCUCUUGCUCCGCGAGGCAAACGUUGGAACUACACCAGUGUGUGCCAGCCUUGAAGUUCGAAAAACUGUCGGCGAGAGAGAGAGCGGCGCUCUCCAGACAACGUUUGGCUUUCGAUACAGCAUUGCCUGCCUCUGGGAGCUUGCAUUGGUGUAGAUGAGAGAUGGGAUUGAACUCAGGAGGCACGUGCGUCUAUGUAAAGUAAAACAUCGAAAUGAUUCGUGAAUAUGCUAGACUUGUGUCGUGAGGCUUGCGUGGGUGGGAUGGUCUCCCGACCAAGCAUGAGGCAAGAGGAUCGGGCCUGGAGUCCGGUAACAAUGCCCUCUCCCCGGAUGAGCAACGCGUGUCCAUAUCUGUUGAUGUAGUCUGCGCGCUGUUUCCAGUAAUGAGAACCGAAGAGCUCCAGCGUUGUGCAAAUGUAGCAUGUACUACUCGGGACAACACAGCAGCCGCAGCAGUGAUGUACAGACGUACACCUACACCAAUCCACAGGACUUUCGGAUUUUCGGCGCGGAGAUAUGUAUGUCCCCGACUUCGACACUACACAAGCGCGUUGGCCCCGCGCGGAAAAGCUCAACCCUCAUGGCGAUUUUUUGCCGGACCCAUGGAAAGAAGUGGCACUUUCUUUUGGAUUCACGAAAAUAAAGAAUGGAUGUGCCGUGCGCAAUUAUGUUAGCGGCUGUCUCUUUGCUUACUGUAACUACCGCCCACGUGAUGCUGGGAGACGUUUGCAGUAAGACAACAAGACAGCGCGAGGGGGGAUGGGGACCGCCGAGAGCCACGUUGGUGGGAGCGCAAAGAUCUCCUCGCACAGAGGAAGGCGUAAAAACUUUGCUCGCUUUUGUCAUACUGCCGCUACUGCUGCUGCUGCUGCUGCUGCUUCUGCCCCCUCCUCCUCCGUUGUUGCUUGCUUUGAUGCAACCUUUGAUCCUUUGAUGGCCAAGCCGGCGUGGGGACCGCCGAGAGCCACGUUGGUGGGAGCGCAAAGAUCUCCUCGCACAGAGGAAGGCGUAAAAACUUUGCUCGCUUUUGUCAUACUGCCGCUACUGCUGCUGCUGCUGCUGCUGCUUCUGCCCCCUCCUCCUCCGUUGUUGCUUGCUUUGAUGCAACCUUUGAUCCUUUGAUGGCCAAGCCGGCGUGGGGACCGCCGAGAGCCACGUUGGUGGGAGCGCAAAGAUCUCCUCGCACAGAGGAAGGCGUAAAAACUUUGCUCGCUUUUGUCAUACUGCCGCUACUGCUGCUGCUGGUGCUGGUGCUGCUGCCCCCUCCUCCUCCGUUGUUGCUUGCUUUGAUGCAACCUUUGAUCCUUUGAUGGCCAAGCCGGCGGGGUCUUCAGGAAAAAAGGUCUGUUGAUGGGAACGGACGGUCUAUUCACCGGACAAGGUCGUUAAUGAUUCCACCGCUUUUUGGGCGCCGAUAUAGGAGAUGGAGAAAGGGGGGAAGGAGCGGUGAGCGAGAGACAGACAAAGAGAGACAACGAGAGGGCAACCGCAAAUACGCAACCCCCGCCUCGGCGCCAGCAAGGAAGAGGGAGCGAGGCGCCUUGGUACCCCGAGGUGGACGCAGGGCGCGCGGGGCAGCGCGCUGGUGAUUUAGCCGAGAACUAAGGCGAACGUUAUCAUGGCGGGGGUCUACACCGGCCAGUGGAUCCCCUUUUCGGACCAGAUGGGGCGACAGGGCUGGUACAACCCGAGCACGAGGCAAACGACCUACCAGAUGUACGGCGCCUACAACGCCGCCAACCCCAUGAUGGCCCCGCAGCCGCAGGUGCCUGUGCAGCCGCAGGUGCCUGUGCAGCCGCAAGUGUACCAGCAGCCGCCGAUGCAGGUGCCGAUGGGCUACGUGACCCAGCCGCAGAUACCCGCGCCAAUGGGACAGAUCCCGCCGAUGGUUCCGCAGGUUCCCCAGGUGCCCCAGAUGAUGCCGCAGCUGCCACAGCAACAGCAGCUGCAGCAGCCGCAGCAGCAGCAGCAGCAGUUUGCGGCUCCCCCGGGUUGGCAGCCGAUGUUCGACCGCUCCGGGCGGCGAUACUUUUAUAACCCGUCGACGGGCCAGAGCGUCUACCCGCUCUAAAAGACAGAAGAAACAUUAGCUGCGAUGCGCACGGGUUCUACAUGAAAUCCAAUUUUUAAGACGGGGUCGGUUCCAAAAACGAAAGAGGAGGAAGCAACGCUCACGCGCCAGAGCACAUUGCCGGCCGUACAAUGCAAAGCAUAAGAGGCGGCGGCGGCAGCGAGGGCUGGAUUGGCGUUGCGUGGUGUUUGGCGACGGCGAGGGCCGUGCUGGCUGUGGGGGUCGAAGCAGUAACUGCGCCGACCGCGGCAUGCGUGAUGGAUGACGAAUCCGAGGACUUCGCGGACAUGGCGAGGCCGGAGAGAGGGAGGGCGGAAUGAAGGUCGCGAUCGACAAGGGGAUGAGGGCGGUGACCGCAAUAGUUGCGGUGGGACCGAUAAAUGGCAGCGUCGGGCGUCUGCAACGACGACGACGGCGGCCUGGACAGCACAAGCGCUAGGGGGCAAGGGAACGUCUGCCGCAGGCGGGGGGAGUGGGCGGAAGUAGCGUGGUUGCGGCAGAUGGGGCGAUAGGGCUAAAAAGGUUUGGUGACUUUUUUUACAACACAGACGAGGGCGGCAGCAAAAGGAUUCAGCUCUUUGGUUUGUCUUGGAAAGACGAAAAAACUAUGCCGACUGCUGUUUUUCUUUCUUUGAUGUUCUUUUUGCUGCCGCUAGUGGGACUUUGGCGUGCAGCACGAGAAUCGGCGGCGAGGUCGCUAGGUGGUUCUGUCGGGAUGGCCGUCUUCCGCCAGGAAAAAGUGAAAACAAGAAAUGUAGUAGGUGAGGUUUGUGUACGUGGUGGUGUGCGUUUGUGUUGGGUGUUUGUUAAGGUGCCCUGGGUCUUUUAUUAACCGUUUUAUUCUUUGGGGUGUGCGGUGGGAGUGGGUGUGCAGAGGGGGUGGGAAGGCGCUUGCUUUCCCUUUAAUAUUGUUUCGAGGAACGAAUAAACUCCUCAGGUGGGUGGGCAGGCAAAAACUGGGGCAGAGGGCUGGAUCAUGCACACGGGCUAGUAUCGGCGACGCGGCUACGAAGAAACGUGAUUGUCCAACUUCUAGGCAUUGCGACUAUGGGAAAGACAACGAAAAGCGUGAAAACUAGGGGUAAGAUUUGACCUGAGAAUCCUUAUUCCGGUCGGCGUGCGGUGCCCUUGUCGUCUUGGGUAGAGAGCAGAAAGGCGCUGGAGGAGUGUGGGGGCCGGAGGUUAUCGAAACUACCCCCCGGCCAUUCGCUGCGGUGGUUGCACUCGAUCGUGAUUUUUGUACGAACGGAAGGAACAACGAGCCAAACGAUCGUAGAUAUAGCGAUUGGCGUACUGCGAGUGGCGAGGGAUUUCCCCCCCCAGGCAAGGAGGCGGUGGUUCGUUGCUUUUCUCGAGGCAGCCUUGCUGGAUCAAUUCUCCUUGAUUUUUUUUUUUCUACGCCUGCAGUGCGGUGGCCACUAAUGGCGAAGUGUGAUGUCGUCGCUCGACUUCAUCUGCAUGGUUACCUCCUUACUUUACUUUGGUUCGCCUCAGUCUUCGGUGGAUCGGCCAUGGUCGAGGCAAGGACGAGGAUAUUCGCGUUAGGGCAUCCUCGUUUUCGAUCCUAAGCAGACCAACAAG